AUGCAGGCUUUUAUAGUUGAAGAAAGUGCAGAAAGCAUAGAGGAAGAUAUCACGGAUGAAGACGCAAUAGCAGAUGAAGACAAUGACGAUGAUAUCUGUUCAAGUUAUACUUCAACAUCAAGCAUUCCAGAUGAAGAUAUAAAUUUUGACCUAGUUUAUGCACGCCAUACUUUUGUUGCGUCUAUAGAUGGCCAAGCAUCAGUCGUUAAAGGCGAUACAAUGGUGUUAAUUGAUGACACAAAUUCAUAUUGGUGGUUAAUCAGAGCAUUGAAGACGUCUGAGGUUGGCUACAUUCCAGCUGAACUUGUAGAGACACCACACGAGCGAUUGGCUAGACUUAAUAAGCAUAGAAAUGUUGAGUCAUCUUUCACCAAUUUUGAUGUAACGGCCACCACAUCAAAAAGCAGAAUUGCUAAAAAGCGUGUUCGACUAUCACGAACCCUUGCUUGUCAAAAACAAAUACUAUUUUACAGCAACUACGACGAUGACAUCGAAAUAGACAAAGAUAUCGAUUCUUAUACAGCAACUUAUGAGGAAUACACUGAAGAAAUACCUCUCAGCACUUAUCUUGCAUCUGAAAACGACGAGAACUUUACAUUGAAUACUACUACAGACGGAGAGUCAAUCAAUCAAGAUGAUAUGACAGAUAAACAUUAUCACGUUCUACGUAUAUUUGCUGGUGAUUCUAUUCAAACGGGAACUUCUUACAAUACAGUAACAAUUACGCCGGAAAUGAAUGCGGAUGAAUUAUUGAAGCUUACAUUGCAGAAAUUUCAUAUAUCGCUCAUGGAUGAUUCAGUUACAAGCAGCGGUAUCGAGUUCUAUUUGACUGUAAAAUCCAUGGACAGUGACGAAAUUACGUUAAUGCCUCAAGAUAAGCCGCUGUCAAUUUUUGAAUCCCUCAGUGACCAUUUGACGGAACCUAUGCCCUCUUUAAAAAUCCUAAAACCCAGAAAACGCGCACAAGCGCGUUUUGGUGAUGAUUCAUUAAUUCGUUUCUCGUUACAUAAGCGCAUCAAAAGAGUUAUUGAUGAGGUUGAUUGUGACAAUAUUGAACAUAUGUAUAUCAAAUUAUUCGAACAUAAAGAUAAAAAGGAACGGUUCGAAAAACUGGUUCCCGUGAGCAUAACAACUACAAUCAACGAAUUGAUAGGCACGGCUUUAGAAAAGUUCCAUAUUGCAACAACAAUCCCAAUGUAUUAUUAUAUGACAUUGUCAAUAAGUGACGAAGGUAACUUCCCUGCCCACUGCCUUUGCGAAUAA